UCCCAAGCUGCUUCCUCGGAUCAUCCCGACCUCAUACGCUGCCUUCCACAACUAUGUCUCAGUCAGCCUGCCGUGCUAUCUUCCGAAGAAGUCCCAGGGGUGCUCUGCGACGCUGUCGCCAGUAUCAGCUGUCUUGCCUGGCUACUGAGCUUACUGGUUUCCUGGAACACCUAUCUGACACCUCCAUCCCCGAGUCCCCUCACCUUACUCACCAUAUCGUGAGAGAUGCCGUCUGUCUCGAUCAGAGCACCCAAUUUCACCCCAAAACCUGUGAUCAGUCUACUCAGACCCUCUACUGGCAUUGGACACGCACUACCUCUCAAGGCAUCCAGACUAUUGAGAUCUCUUCUGAUGAUUCUUCUUCUGACUCUUCUUCACCUCCUAACUCUCCUGAUGUUCCCCAACGUUCUCCUGGCUUUGUGCCUUUGCUUUACAGUAUUCACAAUAUUCCCCAAUCUUCUCCUGUCUAUUCGCCUCCAGUUUCUCCCACUGAUUACUCUCCCACUUUUCCUCAGGAACCGGAGGUCCCUUCUUCUACAGCUGACCCUCCGGUCCCACUGAUCCCACUGGAUAGGUUGACGCCGGUCAGGUGGGAGCAUGAGCUGUUCUUCUCCAGACUCAUUCUGGUGGUAUUGGUCACCGUAACUGAAGAACAGAUCCUUGAAGAAUAUCUGAAGUAA